CUUUCUUUCUCUUGUGGUCAAGGAUCUUUAUCCGGCUCAAGUUUUCGGUCUAUCCCUUUUGCAGUUCGAGUCCAUUCCAUGGUGCAUCCGAUGACGGCGGCUAUCGCGAAACUUCUAGUCUUGCUCCCUUCUCCCUUGACUGCCUGUCAAAAUGAUCCCAGGGUUGCCACUUGUGCUCUAUGCUGUCGUGGAGCACAAUCUAUGACCCAUUAUCAAACUCUCCGGGCUGGCAGAUCUGUACGGAUACUGCUUACUUCAUCUGCGAAAUAUAUGCUGGAUGGAGGCUGGUUCGUAGUGUAUCCUUAGGAGAUAAGCCAUGCUGUGGACCAUCCCACCGGCGCGUAUGUAACAUCCUGGCACUGAGCCGCUGCGUCCAUAUAUCUAUAUUGCCACGCUGCUUCACCGGAUAUCGCAGGUAUUGUUGCAC